UGGGCGGUGGGAAACACUGAGUAAGAUAAAGGAGGCUAGGGAGUGUGAGACACGUGGCUACACGGAGGCGCUUCUGGCCUGUGGAGAAAUUGUAGUAGCAGUAGCCCGGGCCUGCCCUGAGUGGUAGGUCUUGAUGGUGUGUCGUUUAUCUUCUUUUUUUUUUUUUUUUAAGAUUUAUUUUAUUUAUCCAUACUGUAGUCUGCCCACAAGUAUGCUUGCAGGCCAGAAGAGGGCACCAGAUCUCAUUAUAGAUGGUUGUGAGCCACCAUGUGGUUGCUGGGAAUUGAACUCAAGACCUCUGGAAGAACAGUCAGUGCUCUUAACCUCUGAGCCAUCUCUCCAGCCUGUGUAUUUUUUUUUUUAAGAAGAAAAUAUGCAUUGUUGUGUUACCAAUAACCACCAUCUACCUUCAAAAGGCACCUUGGUUUUAGUAUCCUAAGUCUAAGUAUUGGGCUUAAACCAUUGAACUCUGCUUAGACAGUGUACGUCAGCUCAGAAGUCGGCAAGGCCUCGAAUACCUUGUGGUCUGGUGGUGAAUGAAUGAAGUCGACAAGGUUCUGGUAGAGACUGAUUGCUGACAAAGGAGAUCAAAUAACUGUUGCUGCUGUCUUGAAACCGGCUAGUACACUGGACACCCAGGCCUACACCAUUACCAUCUCCUCCGUCAUACAUUCCCCAAGUGUUUUGUUGAACAUGUGCCUUACUGGACCCAGAAAAGACGGGUGAAACUCCUUGAUUCCAUGACUCCUUUUUCUGGGAAUCGUUACCCAAGAGUGCUUGGAUCUGGGUUUGACCCAGAGAGGUUUUGGAAAUGUUCCAUAACAGUGUGACUUUGGUUAGAAAGAAAGACGCUUUUCCCUGGUAGCACUCAGUCUCUUGGACCCAAUGUAGAGCAGUUGUGAGAAAGCAUUCCUGAUGGAGGAGACAUCGAAAAAGGAAGGAGAUGUCCAGGGGGAGAGCUAGAUCUUCGUGGACCCAAAGGAAGGGAUUUUCUAAGGGAGAUCAGCAUAUUGGAAGUUCUUGAGAGUCCGGAUUUGUUUACAAUGGCACUGAGUGUGGGUGUCCUGGUACACACCCAUAAUCCCGGCACUGGAGGAUGAAGUGGGCGAAUCAAGUGUCUUGAAAAACAAACCAACAAAAAAAUCAGAUAGUCUGGAUUUGAUGGUAUUCCAGCUGGUAAUCCCAGUCCUUAGAGAGAGGCAGGAGGAUCAGUUAAAGGCCAACCUUGACUAUACAGCAACCCUGUUGAAAAAUAAGUACCCCAUGUUGGAAGAUGCCAGCUACUGCAUAUGAAAGAGUAGUUUACAAGAGCCCCUCCGAGCACCAUUACAUGAAAGUCCGCCUAGAGUUUCAAGAGCACGGAGUUGGCCUGAAUGCAGCCCAGUUCAAACAGCUGCUUGUUUCAGCCCUGAAGGACCUGUUUGGGGAGGUAGGUGCUGCGUUACCAGUGGAUGUCCUAACCUAUGACGAGAAGACCUUGUCAGCCAUCUUAAGAAUAUGUAGCAGUGGUCUGACCAAGUUGUGGAGCUCUUUGACCUUGUUUGGAGCCUAUAAAAACAAGAAAUGUGCCUUCAGAGUGAUUCAGGUGUCUCCCUUUCUCCUUGCAUUAUCCGGUAAUAGCAGGGAACAAGUAUUGGCUUGAAUAUUCUUACAGUUCUAGAAAUCUCCACUAUAUAGUAUGAAAACAGAAGCAGGCUAAAGCCCCAGUUGAUGACAUUUGGAGCUACUGAAGAUGUUCUCUGUGAUUUCUGGCCAUUGUCUCUGGUGGAGCGGGCUUCAGAGGAGACUGAGGCUGAAUCAACUGGUGCCGACAGGACAGCACUUUCGGCAUGUGCACUUGAAGGUUGGAGACCGAGCUGAGCUCAGCAGAGCCUUCACACAACACGAUGUGGCUACCUUCUCAGCGAUAACAGGAGAUGUCAAUCCUUUGCAUUUAAGUGAAGAUUUUGCAAAACACACCAAGUUUGGAAAGACAGUUGUGCAUGGAGUUCUGAUAACUGGACUUAUUUCAGCUCUCCUGGGUACUAAAAUGCCAGGGCCAGGCUGUGUGUUUCUUUCCCAGGAAAUUAAGUUUCCAGCCCCUUUAUAUAUUGGAGAAGUGGUUUUAGCAUCUGCAGAAGUGAAAAGGUUGAAGCAAUUUGUUGCUGUUGUUGCAGUGUCCUGUUGUGUAAUAGAAAGUAAGAAGACAGUUAUGGAAGGCUGGGUUAAAGUUACGGUCCCAGAAGCUCCUAGAUCCUGAUGUACAAGUGUAAAGUUAUAAGUUGAAACACCUGUGCCCAUCAGGGGGAUGGACCGUGCUCUUCAUUAAGGAAUGCUGGUAUAUCUGGAAGCCAGCAGACAGCUUGUUCUAAUGUCUACUUUCUAGAUUGGCUUAUGCUUUACCCAGGCUUAAGUCUGUGCAAGAUUUUAUUAUCUGUGGAGAUUUGGGUUUUUUUCCAAUUAAAAAACAAUUGCGAGGGACUGGA